AUGGCAUCCAGUGCAUUUGACCGAAGACGAAUAAAUGGGCCUGAGGAGAGCUUCACUCCUAUUUAUGCGUCUGAUGAAGAGGAAGGAGAGCAGCUUGGAGUAGGUCCUUCGAAAGGGCGACGAGGACGAUCGGCUUCGGAUAUUCGCCCAAUUUUCCUUAAGACGGGGUUGAUAAGCCAAGCAAAUGGAUCUGCAUAUAUUGAGACUGAGAAGACGAAGAUUGCAUGUGCAGUGUAUGGCCCUCGACAGUCUAAGACCUCGACUUAUCAUGAAAAAGGAAAACUACACGUCGAAGUCAAGUUCGCUCCUUUCUCAUGUGCGAAGCGUCGAGCUCCAAUGCGGGACGCAGAAGACCGCUCCGUCUCAAUCCUAAUCCAACAAUCACUCACCCCAGCCAUUCGCUUAGAACUCAUUCCCAAAUCCAGUAUCGAUAUAUUCCUAUUCGUCAUUGAGAAUGAUGGAAUUGAAGGGUGUGUUUCGGCGGGAGCUAUUGCAGCGAGUACGGCUCUUGCGCAUGCGAGGAUUGAUAUGCUUGGAUUGGUUGUUUCGUGUGCUGCUGCGACGAUGCCAAAAGAGAUAUGGCUCGACCCAACUACAGAAGAAGCGCGCGCUGCACGAGGUCGGCUUACACUAGCUUGUGUUCCUGCGUUGGGACUUGUAACGAACGUGUGGCAGACGGGACAGAUGAGUAUUGAUGAAGUGGAGAAGUGCAUUGAUGCUUGUCAGGAAAAAUGUCGAGAUAUUCAUGCUGUUGUAGCUCAGGCUCUUUUGGAAUCCCAGACUGGUUGA